AUGGCUCAAAAUGGCGCCGGAGUUGCCGAUGGCCACCAGCCGACUCACACAUAUGUGCCAAAUCAGGGCUAUCUGAAUGACCAGCGGGCACCGCAAGGUAUGGUAACAGCAGAGGAUGCCGCGCAGGACGAUGACCAGGAAGAUGAAGAGGACUAUGAUGACAUCCUCGAGGAGGACGAUCUCGACUCGGAUGCUCUCAUGGCCGCUAACCCGUCAGACUACACAAAGUCCUAUAAUAGGCAGCGGCGACUGAACGAGGCGGUCGCUGACCCUAAUAUCUCCAAGUCACAGUACCCAAAGUCUAACCCACAGCCAUCGGGGGGCGAUCUGGCACAUCCGAAAGACGACCAGGUCAAUUUGCUGUCCAAGCACGCAGCAAAGCUCAAACUUGAGGACAAGUACUCCGGCACGUACCACGGCAAAGGCGCCGACAAAAGCGAGCGUGCUACCUCUGAGCAAGUGCUUGAUCCCAGAACGCGCAUGAUCUUACUUCAGAUGAUCAACCGAAAUGUGGUUUCAGAAAUUAACGGCGUCAUUUCCACCGGCAAAGAAGCCAAUGUGUACCAUGCACUCUCCAUUAACGACGACGGCUCAGAAAUCCACCGAGCCAUCAAAGUAUACAAGACCAGUAUUCUUGUCUUCAAAGAUCGCGAGAAGUAUGUCGCUGGUGAAUUCAGGUUCCGCCAGGGCUACAACAAAUCCAACAAUCGUGCCAUGGUCAAAAUUUGGGCGGAGAAAGAAAUGCGCAACCUGAAGCGUAUUCACGCUGCCGGCAUUCCCUCUCCUGACCCUCUCUACCUCAGACUGCAUGUGCUCGCCAUGUCCUUCCUCGGAGAUAGCAAGGGUAUCGCAUCACCGCGCCUCAAGGAUGUGGAUUUUAUCGACGGGGAUCCUCUCCCUCGCUGGCGGGGUCUCUACAUCUCUAUCCUUGGCUAUAUGCGCAUAAUGUACCAAGUCUGCCACCUUGUGCACGCCGAUCUUUCGGAAUACAACAUCCUCUUACACGACCACCGCCCACACAUUAUUGAUGUCUCGCAGUCCGUUGAACACGACCACCCCCGCUCUCUCGAUUUCUUACGUAUGGAUAUCAAGAACAUAAACGACUUCUUCAGCCGCAAGAAUGUCUUCACCUUGGCCGACCGCGCCGUCUACGACUUCAUCCUGCGAUCCGCCUCCAGCAGCACACCAAAUUCGAACGAGCUGGAAGAAUUGGAGAAGGAGAUCGAUAACCUGAUGUCCAACCGGAAGGAAACCGAUCUAGAAGAAAGCGAAGUCGACAAUGCCGUCUUCCGUAAUCAGUACAUUCCACAGACGCUCAACGAGGUCUACGAUGCCGAGCGCGACAUCGAUACGCUCAAUGCCACUGGCCAGGACACACGCGUAUACAAAGAUUUGCUUGCCAACAAGCCCACACAACCAGGACAUUCGACUUCUCCAGCCGCAUCAACUUCCCCCGCCUCCGACAACGACUCUGAGGGCUCGGAUGACGCAGUGGGUGCGGCACUGGACGGCGACUCGGACUCUGAGAGCUACGAGGACGAGGAGAAAGGUCCGCCCAGGGGCAAGCGCUUUGUCGACAAGGAAGAAAAGAAAGCGCACAAGGCGGCCGUCAAGGAAGAAAAACGAGAAAAACGUCAGACCAAGAUGCCCAAGCAUCUGAAGAAGAAGCUGGUCAAGGAGAAGAGCCGGGGAAAGAAGUGA